AUGUGCGUCGAAGUUUGGAACAUCUACCGAGGGUGCAACCACAAGACAUACCAAAACACCGCGCUCUGCCCCGUCGCCAAAAGAUGUCCACCCGAAGCUGAUAUGACCCUGGACAAGACCAAGUUCCUCCCUGAUAAUCAGCCCAAGAUACCCCCCGGCCUUCUACAAUGCAAGCUAAAGACCGCCACGAAGCCUGUAGCCUCGGAAUGCCCUAAGUGCGCAAGACAGAAGCAAGCUGCCCGCGAUGGAGCCACGUCUCGUUCUGGAUCUAACCAGUCCACGUUGAGAGGUCAACGACUCGGUAGUCCGUCGCCGGAGGGAGAGGGGGUGAAGCGACUUCGCGAUUCUCUGAUAAUGCUAGAGGAUUAUCGAAAGCCACCUUUUGGACCUGAUGGCAAAUAG